GCCCGCCUGCCGCCUGAAGCUAGUGCUGGGGUUCUAGCUAGCGUCACCGCGUCUUCAUGUGACGCAGUCCGGAAGAAAUUGAGAGUAAACUCCGACCUCACAUCAGCGCAGCCCAUCACAAUGUUUCCCACGAGGGCGCUCUGCGCGCGAUCUGUUUGGAAAGGACCCAAUAUCCUGCCCCUCCCCAUUGCGCGAGCAAAGGCCGGCGAACGACAGAUCCCGAUCAAAACACAAGCACGCUCUGCUACCGUUCUGCCCAAUUUUGUGGGCCUGAAGUUCCAGGUUCACAACGGCAAGAAGUACGAUGAUAUUACAAUAACCGAGGAUAUGGUAGGACACAAGCUGGGAGAAUUCGCGCCGACACGGAAGAAUUUCAGUUACAAGCAGACCAAGAACAAGUAG